UUUUAUCGAAAAAAAAAUACAUCGAUCGAAAAACACGCGAGCCUCUACGAGGGGAGACACACAGGGACGGCAGCGGCGGUCGCGUACGCAUUUCGUGCUAACCUUUCGGCCGCAUAACAUCCUAAAUUUUCAAGUCUCCUCGUAACCUCAAAAGAUUAAAACUUACUGAAAAAAUUUUGAAACCUUAUCGUUAGAAUCAUGAGUCGCAACGGAGCUUUGUCGAGAUGCGAGAAGAGAAAGUGCAAAUGCACCAAGGACAAGGGACAGGACCAGGAAAAAGUCCGCAAUCAGAAGAUGAAGAAGAUGGCCUGCGAGUACGAGAAAUUCCUCACGAAGGACAGCAAGUCGCUGCUGAAAAAAUACCUGACUCGCGACCUUUACGAGCGCAUCAAGGAAAACUUCACCCGUUUGAACGGCACCCUGCUCGACUGCGCCCAGUCGGGCCUGACCCAUCCCGAGUCCAACGUGGGCCUCUACGCCUGCGACCAGCACGCCUACAAGGUGUUCGCCGAGCUCUUCGACGCCGUCAUCUCGGACUAUCACGUGGGCUUCUGCAAGAACGACGUCCACCCGCCGAGCAACUGGGGCGACCCGGCCAAGCUGCCCAGCAUCGACCCCGAGUCCAAGUACGUCAUCUCGACGAGGGUGCGCUGCGCCAGGUCCGUCUGCGGCUAUCCCUUCUGUCCGCUCAUGACCGAGCAGGACUACCUGGAGAUACAGGAGAAGCUCAAGUGCGCCUUCAGAACGAAGCAGGCCGAGCUGAAUUGCGAGUACUACGGCCUGGACAAGAUGACCGAGGAGCAGCGCCAGCAGCUGGUCGCCGAUCACUUCCUCUUUAGGAACGACGACAAGAUCCUCGAGGACGCCAACGCCUAUCAGUUCUGGCCGAAAGGUCGAGGAAUCUUUCAUAAUCCCGAAAAGAAGCUGCUGGCUUGGUGCUGCGAGGAGGACCAUCUGAGGCUCAUAUCGAUGGAGAAGGGCAACGAUCUGCGCGGCGUCUACGGCCGCCUCAAGAACGCCAUUGGCGUGCUCGAGUCGCAGGUGCAGUUCAGCCACGACGAUCGCCUCGGCUAUCUGACCUUUUGCCCGACGAAUCUCGGCACGACCAUCCGAGCCUCGGUGCACAUCAAGCUGCCCAAGCUCGCCAAGGACAUGGACAACUUCAAGAACAUCGCCAAACAAUACAGUUUACAAGUACGAGGCACCGGGGGCGAGCACACCGAGAGCGUCGGCGGCGUCUACGACGUCAGCAACAUCAGGCGCCUGGGCCUGACCGAAUUCGACGUGCUCAUGGAAAUGAGCCAAGGCCUCAACAAGCUCAUUCAGGAAGAAGAAAAAUUGUAAUGAUAUCAUGUGUCAAAUAUUUGUUUUGCACGAAAUGCUAAUAUAAUGGUUAUAUAAAUAUAAAAAAGAAACGA